AUGGAAGGAAUUUUGUUUGAAUACGCGAGUAAAAUUAUAUGGCCAGAGUAUAAUUAUAUAAAUGUGCUGCUUGAAUUUUCAGUCUUAUACAUAUUGUAUUCCCUAUACAAGGUGAGUAUUAAGAAGUUUAUAAAACAUUAAGCCUAUGCAAAAAUUACUAGAGUUGAAAAAAUUAGCAAUGAAGAGAAUGUUAAGAAACCCAAGUAAAGUACUUAAGAAAAAUAGGAGAAAUCAUAGAAAUAGGGAAAGAAAAAGAAUUCUGAAAAAGAGUAGUAAUAAUAAAAAGAUGCCUAAAAACAACAAAAUAAACAGGAGAGCUAACAGUAAAAAUAAGAGAAUCAUUCUAAUAUAUCAUAUAAGGAAUUGCUGAAAUAGGAGAAGCAUAAUAAAUCAUUGUAAAAUAAGGAAAAAUAGAAAUCAACUGGAAAAAUUACUCAUCCACUAUAUUUAUCUUCUGUAAAAGGAUUCUCUGAUUACAUAACCGAUUUUGCAUACAAUAAUAGAUAUUUGAUAGCAACAGGAUUUGAUAAUAGUAUCAAAUUAUUUGAGAUGGAACAAUUUUUCAAGAAUCCAGAUUAACCUAAAUAUUUAUUCCAUACUUUGAAUGACACACAUGCAACAGCAAUCUGUAUAUCUAAAAAAGAGGAGAUCGCUUAUUUUUCAGCAAACAACCAAUUAUUCAAUUUAGAAUUCUACCCAAAAGCAGAAGAUAAAUAAUAUUUCAAGGUAAUUCCUAAAACUAAAAAUUGUCAUAAAAGUGAUAUCAAUAGUUUACAUGUUGAUGAAAAUGAUAAAAUUCUCAUUUCUACAAGUUCAGAUACUCACAUCAAGGUAUGGAAUAUGAAGGGAGAACUGUUGAAGGAAAUUAAUACAUCAUAUGGUGAACAUUAUAGUUCUUGUUUUAUGAAGGGUUUUUUGGUAGUGAGUUCUUGGAGUGUAGACACAAGCAUCUAUGAGAUCAAGUUCAAUAAGGAUCACACAUUUAGGACUCUGGAAAAAGAGGAAGUCUUAAGAGGUGAGAAGACUAGUGUAUUGGAUGCAAGUCUAAAUGAGCAUGGAACUCUAGCUACUUUGUGUAAUAAGUCAUAGUGCAGAGUGUAUAGAUUGAACACUGAGAGAAAGCUUAAGGAAGAUGCUAAGUUAUUGACUAAAGUUGAACUUCAAAAUAUCAGUGCAGCUGCAGUAAAUGAAAACAUUCUGGUAGUAGCUGCUGAUGGAAACGUACAUGUUUAUGACAGAAAUUUCUAAUAAAUUGAUUAAAUCGAUAAUGCUGCCAAUGGUGCUUAUAUUAAGAGAGUGAGAAUUCAUGAGUUGCAUUCUAGUCUAAAGAACAAGAAUUUCUAUGUUUGCUUUGUGUGGGGACAAGAGGAGGAAAGAAUCAAUGUCUAUAAUUUUACCAAGUAUCAUGAAUGAUCAAUAUAUAUUAAUAAAAAUAUGAAAGCACAAACUUUUAUUA